AUGCCACUACCAGACACUGAAUCAGACACACCGCCUGUGACACGCGGUCGCCAGCGUCCCGGGGCCGCAUGUGACGAGUGCCGACGGCGGAAGCUGCGGUGCGAUGGCCAGCAUCCUCAAUGCGGCGUGUGUCGUGACACGGGCGUAUUCUGUGAGGUCACCCAGCGUGGUGUCCGGGGCCCUAAGAAGGGGCACCUGAAGGCGCUGAAGAACCGCAUUGUGCACCUAGAGGCCAUGCUCGAGACCCGCUUGCAGCCCCAUGAGCGGUCGGAUCUGCUAGGUGAUUCCCGAAACAGCCAUGAUGAUGAUGGGCGAAAUGCAUCCCCCGGGUCGGAGUACGAGGCAUUUGUCUCAAACGGCUAUGGGCUGCCACUAGAUUCGAACCCAGCGGCUUUGUCGAGUAAUAACGCAUCCCCGUUCGCGUCUACGGCGCCUGCGCCUAGUCCACAUCUGUCUGAUAUCAUACAGGCUGAAUUGUAUACUGUCCCCUAUAUCCCAGAGUACCAGCUAUACUUGGACCGCGUGCAUCAGUCGAUCCCAAUCCUCCAUCAAAGACGGUACUUGUCAUGGUCCAAGUCCAGCAACAAGACGGCGUCCCAUCAAUGCCUCCAGUAUGCCAUGUGGACCCUGGCAUCGAUGCUGUCCGCUCAUUCCCGGCAUCUGGUUGAGCCGCUCUACCAGCAAACUAAGCAGAUGCUGGAAGAUCUGAGCGUCGAAGCCAACGAUAACAGCAGUUUUAACACUCUACUUGCCCAGGCAUGGGUCUUGGUCGUCACAUUUGAAUACAUGCGGACGUAUCAUCGUCAAGCGUGGAUGAGCGCCGGUCGUGCAUUCCGCUUGGUGCAGGCUAUGCGGUAUCAUGAGAUUGACAACCCCGUCGACAAGCGAGGCCCUUCCUCUCCGCAGUGUGGAGACUAUAUCGAGGUUGAGGAACGACGUCGAGUGUUCUGGAUGACCUAUUUCCUGGACCAUGUCAUUAGCAUGCGCGAUGACUGGCCGAUCACUUUAAAUGAACAUGUGAUUUGCACCCGACUUCCAGCUCCAGACGCCGGGUUUCAAAGUGGGAGCAACGAACUGGGGCCGUUCCUGUCAGAAGCCAUGACCGAACCCACCCUCAAAAUCCGCUCGUCAUUCAAUGAGUGUCUCAUCUUGGCCACUAUCUGUGGUCGCAGUCUUCUCCAAAACCAACGGUACCACAUCUCAAAGGCCUAUGGGGACAUGACCAUGAACUGGACGGAGCAACGGAGAUGGCUGGAUACCAUCCUCACGAAUCGACUCCAGGUUUUAUCACAGUGCUACCCAGCACCCACGGACUCUUACGAUCCCCUUCUCUUAUUCGCCAAUAUUCUCGGCCAAGCAACAGUAAUAUACUUCUGCAGGGCGAUGACUGACACGGCCGCGGGGCCAGAUGGUCCACUGAUUGGGAAUAAUCCCGAGUACAUCCAGUACCAAUAUCGGGCACUUGAGGCGUCCACCAACAUUAUCAGUCUCACUUCUACCCUACGCGAGCUACCAUUUUCGAGGAUUCAUCCAUUGACACCCAUUCCCGUCUUUCUUUGUGCCGAAUUCUUGUAUAACGAGAUGCACAAUGAAGCUUAUCAGCCCCGAUUGCAGGAGCUCUUUCAUGUCCUGCGCGAGCUAAAGAAUGUGAAUAACCCGGACCAGAGUUAUCUGGAUCUACUUCCACGGUCAUGCAUCUCCAAAACCUCUGAGCUGUUCAGUCAUAGUGUGGGGACAAGCAGUCCAAAUAGUGGAUAG